UUAAAAUGCAAAAAUAAACCACUGUUGUCAUAUUUCCCUAAAGGAAUAGAAUGGAAGGAAAACCAAGCACAUUUGAAAUCCACACUUCAGUAUCAGGCAAGAAAAAGAAGUAUUCUGUAUAUAAGGAAAAAGCCCAGAAAUGGGGUCAGGAAAGUUUCUGCGACUUCUCUGUAGCAAGUGACCAGCCUCGGGUAACUAAGAAGAAGAAGAGGAGAAAGGAUUUCCAGCAGCUCAUGUCCCCUUUAGAGAAGUCAGAACUGUGUGAUGAGACUGAAAAGGCUACUUUGACACACAAAAAGAAGAAAAAGAGACAAAACAUUGUUUGGGGAGUCGAGGAAACUGGUGUUGUGCGAGUCCUUGUGGAUAAAGAAAACAUUGAGAACAUGCCAAAGAAUUUUAGAAAGAACAUGGAUGUGGUUUAUGUUGCUAUGAGCGAGGAACAAAAAUUAGCAAAAGCAGAUAAAACAGGUAAACUGAAUACAGUUGCUAAGAUGCAUAAAAAAGCAUCAAAAGAACUACAUAAAAAAGCUAAGAAGAAAACAAUUAAGACCCAUGAGGGGAAGGUUGCAUCCUGUGACGUUGUACAGGAAAGCCAGAAGGCAAGCGAUACCCUACCCCCGUCAGACUCACACACACAGCAGACCUUGCCUUCUGUGGAUCUCCAAGGCAAAAACACAGAUCUGCCAGUGUCUCCUAAGAAAAACAAGUCUAAGAAAAAAAAGAAAAAAGGGUCUGCUAACCAGGAAUUGGAGACCAUGGCCAUGCCUGAAAGUCUUCAUCUCACCCCAUCUGAAGGACCCCAGGUGGUUAGCAAGGUUAGGACUGAGGAAGGAGGUAAUGUAUCUGAAAAGGCUAAGGGAUCCCACAGCAUGAAAAAAAAAUCCAAGAAAAGGGAGCCGGUGCUUGCCAAAAGCACCCCAGCAACUGGUGAUGAGGUCUCAUUGCUUAGUAUAAACACGGAGAACACACUCUCUGACUCUGCAGCAGGUGAGGGGGUCUUGAUGGAAGAAGAUGUGAACCCCAGGCCGCCAAAGAAGACCAAGGCCUCCCGGGCCAGUUCAAGAGAAAGGCGUGUGGAAGAGGGACAAAG